UGGCGGCAGUUACUUUAGUGUCCGUGGUAGUUUGAGUCUGUGGUGAGCAGCGAGUUAAUACUAGGCCGGGACUGCUUCGGCAAGAAUAGGACCCCGAAGCCUAAGAAACGGGCCAAAAUUUUCCUUGGCCCGGGGUUCCGAAAGGCGGCCCUCCCAAAAUUGGCGGUUUGUUGGCGGCGGUUACUUUAGUGUCCGUGGUAGUUUGAAUCUGUGGCGAGCAGCGAGUUGAUACUAGGCCAGGGCUGCCUCGGCAGGAUUAGGACCCCGAGGCCUAAGAAACAGGCCAAACUUUUCCCUGGCCCGGGGUUCCCCGGCGUUCAGCGCUUCCCCCCAUAACCGGAUACCGACUGUUUGGACUCUGCCUUCAACCCAGGAAUCUUAGGUGCCAGGAAAUAUGGCCCCCCUCAAGAAGCCUCGAAAUUCCACAAAGUUGCCCCUGGCUUUAAACCCCCUGAAGAGCAAGGACGUGUUGACAGUGCUGGCUGAGAGGAACCAGGCUGUAGUACCAGUUGGGGCAUGGGUGGAACCUGCCCCACCAGGUAGCACAGAAGUCCCAGCACAUACUUCAGCAUAUAUGAUUGAAGAAGAACUGAAGGAACAACUAAGAAAAAAACAAGAAGCUCUAAAGCAUUUUCAGAGACAAGUCAAACGCAGAGUAAAUCAACAAAUUAGGCUGAGAAAAAAGCAACAACUUCAGAGGUCUUAUGAAGCAGCAGAAAAAGAAGGUUCCAUAGCCAUGCACUCUUCAGCUCCAGCACAGUUAACUCCUAAAAGAACAAGCAUUUUUCUAAACACCUUGAAUGCUGCUAUUGGAAGUGCCAGGUUACCUCCUUCCCAGAUGCUUGAGGAUGGAAUAGAAGAUAGAGAGAAUCAGAACGAACUAUUCCAACAAGCCCAGGCUCUUAGUCAAACCAUGAAACAAGCACGUCACCGACUGGCGUCUUUUAAAACUGUGAAUGAAAAGAAUGCACCAGUGUUUCCAGAUGAUAGAAAGAAAAGCCUUGCCAACCAAGAGAAAGCAAUUUGUAGGAAACCAGCAUUUGCCAAAAUAAAUAUAGGGGUAAGAAGAGAAUUGCCCUUUGAGGUCCAGCAAGGUCUUUCAACUCCUGUACCUUACCAGAAAUUUAUGGAAGAUCAGGAACCUGACUCUGAGGAGUUUUCAUCUAUUUUGAUAGAUAAGAAAGGGAAAGAGAAUUUGUCUUGGGGAGACCAGCAGGAUCUCCUUUCUGAAGACAAGGAUAUACCUUUCAGCAGAGUGCAGAAAGUACACUUCAAAAAUCCAUUAUUUUCUGUGAUGGAAGAGGAAGAAGUAAAGCAGUUACGUCAGGGCGUUCUACCCCAAGCCCGGGAUUAUUUUCCUGAAGCACAAGGUGACCAGCUGCAAGCCCAGAGUGGUUUGACAGGUGUCCUCAGUGUUGAGCUGGAAGCCCAAAAGAUUGAGCCAAGGCUCAGUACCCAGGAUAAUGAGUUGGAAAGCCAAACCAUUGAGUUGAAAGCCCAGGCUGUUAAGAUAGAAACUCCAAAGAGUGUUAUGAUGAAAUCCCAGAGUAUUGAACUAGAAGAUGGGAAUAUUGUUUCAGAAGUUCAAGAUUUUCUACCCCAAAACCAGGCUUUUCUACCCACAGAUCAGGCUUUUUUCCCUAAAGACCAGAAUAUUCUACUCAAAUGUCAAGACAAGGAUGUUCUUCCCAAAGAGCAGUAUGUAUUACCCAACAGCCAGAAUAUUCUACCCAAAUAUCAGGACCAUCAUUUUUUAACUGAAGAUCAGAAUAUUCUACUCGGAUGUCAGGAGCAGAAUUUUCUGCUUGAAGACCAGAACAUUCUGCCCUCAUCUCAGGACCAGAAUUUUCUACCCAGUGGCCAGCAUGUUCUCUCCAAAGAGCAGGAUGUUCUACCUACAUGUCAGGACCAGAAUUUUCCACCCAGAGAUCAGAAAGCAAAUUUGAAGCAGCCAGCAUCACUUUUGGUAGGUAGGAGCAGGAGGGAGGUGUUUCCUCUGGAUGUCCAUCAGGAUCUUCUACACAGGCAUGAAGAUCAGGCCUUCAUCAGGGGCAAGAAGGUACGCUUUAAGGAGUCAUAUUGUGAUAUGACAGAGAAAGGGAGAGAAGACUUUUCUCUGGCAGGUUAUCAGUAUCUGCCUCCUAAAUUUCAGGACCAGGCCAUCAUCAGAGAUCAGAACAAGUAUAUCAAGGAACUCUCAUCUUUUGAGAAAUGGGAGAUUGAAAGAGGAAUUGCUUCUGGAGUGCCAUGGUGCAGGAACUACGGGCAGGCCUCACAUAAUAUGACAGAUGAGAGAUGGAGAAAGGAGUUAUUUCUGGAGCACCAUGAAUAUAUUUUACAUGAAAUCCAGGAUCCAGGCUCUGCCAGAGAGCAGAGCUCAUACUCUGGACAGCAGCCAUCUGAUAGAACAGCUGAAAGAUGGGAAGAAGAUUUGCUUCUGGAUGGCCAUCACCGUCUUCCACCCAAGCUCCAGAGAGAGGCUUCUAGCAGAAGACAGGUUGGUGAUGAAUGUCAAGCAGGAUUGAACCCUGAAUUCCAAACUCUACUGGCACUUCAGUCUGGAGUAAAUCAAGAAGAAGACAAGAAAGAGCGGCAAAAGCAGUACCUGAGAUAUAGACGAUUGUUCAUGGAUAUUGAAAGAGAACAGGUGAAAGAACAACAAAGACAAAAUGAACAUAGGAAAAAAAUUGAAAAAAUUAAGAAAAAGAAAGAGCAGCAACGUUAUGCUGAAGAGCAGAGAAUAUUAAGAAUGAAUUUUCAUGAAGAGCCGUAUUCAGGGGAGAAGAUGAGUGAGAUAUUAGCCCAGCUACAGCUUGAAGAAAUAAAAGGAGCCAAAGAAAAACAACAACAGAAAGAAAAGGAAUACCAAAGAUAUGUAGAAGCUUUAAGAGCCCAGAUUCAGGAGAAAAUGCAGCUGUAUGAUAUUACUUUACCUCCACUAUGCUGCUGUGGUCCUGAUUUUUGGGAUGCUCAUCCUGAUACCUGUGCCAACAAUUGUAUUUUCUAUAAAAACCACAGAGCAUAUACCCGGGCACUACAUUCAGUCAUCAAUUCCUGUGAUUUCCCUGAGGGGAACUCAACUCUUCGAGUUGCCAUUCGUAAUUUUGCUUCUGCACGCAGACGGACUUUGAAAAAUCUGUAAUAAGAAUCUGAAAUCAACUGUUACUAUCCUAACCUUCAUUUAAAAUCAACCCUGAGAGAUUAUUUCAGAAAAGCUGUUAAAGUUUUUAAGGUGUGUAAUCUGGAAAGAAAGACUGUCCCACAUAACAGCUCUCUCUAUAAUUAGAUCGUAACCAUUGUUUACCUCUGUGCUUGGGACCAAGAUUGACCGUUGGCUUACAGACUUGUCUCUUUGCUAUAAACCAUAUGGAGCAUAUUGUUUGAAAAAUGAUCAGCCAGGAGUUCCCACUGUGGUACUACUGACAUUGUCUCUGAGGCAACACAGAUUUGAUCCCUGGCCCAGCAC